UUAGCUCAAUAAAGGCAGGGAAGCGCAGUUUUUCAUAGUUUUUCAUCCAAACUAAUAUUUUUUUCCAGACUUUUCCUGAAGGCAACGUGCGCGCAUGCGUACUACACCCAAGGGUGCAGAGGGUUGGAGCGUGGUUGGAAAGGUUUGCCGCUGCAGGGAGGGAAAUCGCACCACGGCCCCAACGCUAUGAAAAGCGAGUAAAGACGCGAAUCAUACCGAUUUUCCGCACAAGAACAUAUGGACACGAAAAGAAGAAAUCCUCCAAUUCCCGGUGCACCAAGGAAUGAAAGCCGGCACAGGAGCACUUUUCCUUGUGAAAUUCAACGAAAGCGACCCUCCUGCUUUGUGGGAAGGAGCCCGUCACAUCUGAUGAAUGGAUGAAAAACACCACGAUUCGUUGCGUCAACGAGACAGUUUAGCGAGACAGUAACUACAACCAUCUCGCUGUUCCAUGUCUUCAUUUGACAGCUGCUCAUUGUUUCCCACCGAAUCCUCUGGCGUGAUGCUUUGGCGCUGCUUUGCUGGGAAGGACUGAAGAAAACGACUGCGUGGAAAUAUGGGUGAAGUUCAGGACGUAAAUAAUACGAAGAAGGUCUUCGUUGCUCCAGCCAUCAAGUCUUUUGAACACUAUGACUUCACUCGUGCUAAAAUCUGUUGCAGUCUCUCAUGGCUUCUGUCCAAGGCAUAUGGGGGAGACAGCAUCCCAGCAAACAUAAGAGAACCCUUCUACACAGACCAGUAUGAGCAGGAGCACCUCAAGCCUCCUGUGGCCAGUCUCCUGUUGUCUGCGGACCUCUACUGCCGCGCCACCAGCCUCAUUCUGAAGAACAAUCCAGCUGAGCCUCUGCUGGGCCACGAUUCUGUCAUUCAGGCUUUGGCCCAGCGAGGUCUUUAUGUCACCGAGCACAACAGACUUGUCACUGAGAGGGACCUUCGAAAGAGGCCUCUGCAAAUGAGUGCCCAUCUGGUAUUGAUUGACUCUUUGAUGAUGGUGUACUCAAUGGACACUUUGACUGUGGAGAAGGUGAUUGGCAGUAUUCGGCAGUAUUCAUCCUGCUGCUCUGAAGAGGAAAUGCCAUAUGACACAGAGGAUGCCGUCACCAUCUGGAUCAACAAGAUUAACGAGUACCUGAAAGACACUCUGGCUCAGGAAGAGAAGAAAAAGAAAGAGACACAAAGUGCAGAGACUGCAGAAAGUCCUCGGUCUCCAACCAAGUGGUACAUGAAGCUUGUGCCUGCCCGCUAUAGGAAGGAGCAGAGCAACAGCCAGGUGAUUCCCUGGAUCCCACAAGUGGACAACCUGUUGAAGGACACUACAGAUGGAUCAGCGCUGGCUGCUAUGCUUCACUUCUACUGCCCCCAGCUGCUGCCUCUGGAUGAUGUUUGUCUGAAGCAGAACAUGACACUGGCAGAUCGUCUCCACAACGUGCAGCUCAUUCAGGAUUUCUGCAGAGACAACCUGGAAGGCUGCUGCCACUUCACUUUGGAGGAUAUGCUGUAUGCCUCAUCCACCCUCAAGAAUAACUACUUGGCGUUCAUGGGAGAGCUCUUUUGGUGGUUCGAGGAGGUCAAGCCCUCUUUUGUGAAGCCGAAGAUUUUGAACAAUGAACCCACAGAGCUCUCAUCCUUGUUGAAGAAUAUCCCAUCUGUCCCAAUAUCUAAAGCAACCAAAAGGAGCUUCAUGGAAAGAUCCCCAAGUCCUGAAAGACCAAGUUUGCCCCUGCGACCCCAGCCUAAAAAUUCAGGUGAGAUCAAGAAAUCCACUUCAAUGUCCUUUGUUGAUAGCAGCCUUGGUACCUGGCCCAAGGAAAAAAGGCCUGGCCCUUAUGGAGUUUCUUUUGACAUUCCCUUUGACAAAGAGGAAGCUGCUUCUGCACCCCAUGCUGCCACUCGUGGUAUGGUCAGGUCCAUUAGUACUGAUGACGGUUCUGGUUUUAAAGUCCACCACCUUUCUCACGGGUUGAAGCGGAACCUUUCCUUCCAACCAGUCAAUGGCAAGAGCGUUGGCAUCGAAGAGGAGGGUUGCCCAGACAGUCUAGCUUGUAGGGACCCUGAAAGGCGAACCUACCCCAGUGGAUCUAGCAAAGUGACCAUAACAACUCCCUCAAUAGAGGAGGCCCUCCAGAUAAUUCACAGCCCAAGUAGGCCCCCCGUGGAAGGUACAAACAAUGGCUUCUUCCUGCACAGUCCAGAACCUGGAACUGACAUUAGUAGUUUGGAGCCGUUGUACGAGUUGGAUUCCAAAGGAUCUUUGAGCCAGACAGACACCACAGAGGUGGACACUGGCAUCCACAUUCAUACAGAGGACAUGCUGGAUGAAGAUUCAUCACUGAAAGAUUGCUCUGUGAAUAUGGACCUUGAUAUGGAUACACCCAGCCCUUGCCCAAGCAGUCAGAGCAAAUCCCCCUCAGCACUGAGGAUGACCAACUUUGCUGAACAGAAAAUGAAGAAGAUCGUUCCGUCAUUACCAGACUCUGGCAGGGAGAGCAGCAACUCCCUUAAAACUACUCCAGAGGGUUCGGAUUUUGGUUUACCAUUAUCCGUUUCGUGGGCCCCAACUCCAGAACUCAGCCCCAUCCGUCACCAAACGCCACAUGUCCCUACUAAGGUGUCACCUGUCCAACUUCCACACAAUGACCCUGCUCAGGUCAUGGCAACUGAAAUGGUUGAGCUUAGGAUGCGUCUGGAAGAGAAGCGAAAAGCCAUUGAAGCACAGAAAAAAAAAGUGGAGGCAGCUUUUACAAGGCACCGUCAAAAGGUGGGUCACUCUGCCUUUCUCAGUGUGGUAAAGCGAAAAGGGGACGGAGCUGCAAGUGGAGCAGAGGAAGGAGGGAAGGUUAGAGAUCAAGGCAACUCUGUCAGUCCCACCUUGAGGUGUGGUCGAAGCAGUGCAGACACACCUGAUGGGGCGGAGCAAAGCACCACAAGCUCCUGUUGGCAAAAGUCACCUGGUGGAUGUGAGGAAGGCGGUCAAGGGCACACCCAGUUUACUGAGGCGGAUCUUACAGAGUAUACGCGAUCCAUCGAGAAGCUCAAUCAUUCUUUAGCCUUCCUCCAGACCGAGAUGCAAAGGCUAGCUCAGCAGCAGGAAGUCAUCAUGGCCAUGAGGGAGCAGCAACACCAGCAGGCAUGGGUUAUCCCUCCCACUCACGCAAACCCCUCACCGCAAAAAUACGGGAGAGUCGGUAAUGUCACUCGAUCCUCAGGACCCUCUUCACCAGCGGACUCCCCUCGCUCCGCCCACCGCUCUCCGACCAGCAUUAAGCGUAAAUCCGCCUCCUUCCACUCACGCAAUCCCCGCACUUCUCGCCCUAAUGAGCUCAAGUUGGCCCCUUACAACCGCGUCCUCACUGCCCCCCAGUCUGUGGAUAGUAUCCCCAGGCUGCGACGCUUUUCUCCCCGUCUGCCGACAGCCAGCUCCUUUGUUUACAUGGGUGAGAAGGCUGCAGCCGCCAAUCCUGAGCCAGUCAACAAGCAGACAGACACACUCCUCUCGGCAGACAAAGAGCUCAGUGCUGUCUGUGCAUUCCCUCCCAAAGAAGAGCAAACACAAGUGGAGUCAUCUGAUAAAAUCCAGAACCCAGAAGCUCCCGGCCAACUAAACACUACUGAUAUAAACAAAGUAGGAGUUGAAGUCAAACCUGCACAGUCGUCAUUCUCUGAGGUUUUAGCACACCCGGUUGUAGAAACCUUCACGGUAACCCCCACAGAGAUCCCCACACUGCAGCAAGUCAAGGGUAACCUGAUUGAGGUUCCCCUGUCAGUUGUGAAGCCACUACACGACUUGACACUUGAUGAGAGCUUGGAGAUGGAGGUCAGAGCGGUGGAAGGCCAGGAGGAUGAGCAGAGGAUGCAUUGCGGUUUCUUCUUCAAGGAGGAUGGAAAGGCAGAGGAAAACAUGGCUCAAAAGAGGGCAGCACUGCUAGAGAAGAGGAUGAGAAGAGAGAAGGAAAGCCAGCAGAGGAGAGUGCAGCAGGAGGCCGAGCUGGAGCAAAAGAAAGAGGAGGCUCGGUUGAAAGCAGAGGAGGAGCGUAUCCGAAAGGAGGAAGACAAGGCCAGGAAGGAGUUCAUCAAGCAGGAGUAUCUUAGAAGGAAGCAGCUGAAGCUGAUGGAGGACAUGGACAUGGUCAUUAAAUCUAGACCAGCGGCCAGCGCGAAACAAAGACGAGGCCGACCCAAGUCAGUCCGUCGCGACAGCAUUGACUCGCCAAAAACUCCUGUCAGAGCUGCCACAGUUUCCAGCUUGUCCCUGGCCUCCCUCAACUUGGGAGACAACGAUAGUAUAAACACCGAGAAAAGAGCACAAAGAAGUGCUAGUUUAGCCUCUGGCAGUCUCCUCUGCUUUUUGAGCUCUCCUAAAGUGAGAAAGAGAAGACCAGAUUCGGCAGAUGGCUUCCCGUCCCCGAGUCGCAAUAGUAGCAGGAAUGGCGAGAAGGACUGGGAAAAUGGAUCCACAACGUCCUCUGUUACAUCAGUCACAGAGUACACAGGACCGAAGCUCUACAAAGAGCCAAGUGCCAAAUCAAACAAGCACAUCAUCCAGAAUGCGUUGGCCCACUGCUGCCUUGCCGGCAAAGUCAAUGAGGGUCAAAAGAACAAGAUCCUGCAGGAAAUGGAGAAAUCAGAGGCCAACAGCUUCCUGGUUUUGUUCCGAGACGGCGGUUGUCAGUUCCGCUCCCUUUACACUUACUGUCCCGAGACCGAGGAGAUCCACAAGCUCACGGGCAUCGGCCCCAAGAACAUCACGCGCAAGAUGAUUGACGGCCUGUACAAGUACAACUCAGACAGGAAGCAGUUCAGCCUGAUACCAGCUAAGACCAUGUCGGCCAGCGUGGAUGCCGUGACCAUCCACAGCCAUUUGUGGCAAACCAAGAAACCAGCCACCCCCAAAAAAGUAGUGCCUGCCUCCCAGUCCUGAUGGAACCCGAACAGAACCAUCUCACUCUUUGAUGAUUCAAACACCUGCAAUGCCAGUUAAAUCCGUUUUCCCGUUUCAGUUAUGUCAACCUACAAAAUGGCUAACAAGUGGAAUGUGAGCCACUGACAACGAAUGAUGUAAAUAUUUGACCUCUUUUUAAAAGGCACGUGCGAGUACUGCUUUUAUUUCCUUUGUGCCAAAACUAAAAAUGCAGACAAUAUGAAUGCUCGGACAUUUUACUCAGAACAUUGAAUGUUUUUAAUUCAUGUACAGAUAGAUUUUCAUUGGCAAUAAGUUUGUGCGGCCUUCCGCGUUUUGGGUUUUAGCGUGCGAGCUGAUUGUAACGCGGAAACUUUUUGUAUGAAUUUGGAAGACGCCUUUUUGGUGUUAUUUGUUCGUAAAGGUUUGUUCUAUUAAGGUACGUAAAUCUAAGGGCCAAAAAAAGAUUGAUUCCAUACAGCUAGCGUUCACCACACAGCACGUGUGUGUUCAACUCAACAAACGGUUUCAGCUUUUACACAACCAUUUUCUUCGGAAGAAUGUACUGGAGGCCAUCUCUCCUGAUGAGAGUCUUUUUGGCUGUCGAGAAGUGUGAAAAUAUUUGUUGCAGGUAGUGAGCGAUUCUCUCGUAACUGGCAGUAGAAUUUGUCCAUUUGUGAUUUCUUUGCACUUACUUAUACAGUAUUUUACAGGUAUGAAUUGUUUACCACACAAUAUUUCAACCUUUCUUCGGUAUUAAGGUUAAGAGGAAUACCCUUUUGUUGUCAUGAAGACAGUUUUACGUUCACCCGGACGGAAUUUGGCCAGGUUCAAUCAGCGUUUUGUAGGAAAGCAAGAAAGAUUUUCGUUUUGAUUAAUAUUUGUCAUACAAUGGCCAAAUUCAAAGAUCGAUUCUGUAAAUGGUUUCACGCUCUACCAUCAGUGAAAAUUCGUCUUCAAACUUUUUGAGAUGUUUUUUUUAUAUCUAAGCAAGAACAUUUUUUUUUGAUAGCAAGUAUAUGCAACAUAUACUGUAUAUUAACACUUGUUUUUUAAUUUGCCAAGCUUGCGGAGAAAAUCUGCGUGUUCAUUGUUAGUGAUCUAUUAGUAACUAUUUAUAACCAUUUUAUUUAUUCAUUUGAUAUCUCUUCUAUCUAAGGAAGAAUGUUUUUUAGGGGUGGGGGUGGGGUUGGGUUUGGCGGGGUAAUGGACAUAAAAUGGCUGAGCUCAGGUAGCUCAAAAAUCAAAACUGCAGGUUCCCAAUUUUUCUUUCUCCAAAUCUCAACUAUUAACAUUUCAAUCUGGUAUUUUCCUCCAUGCCAGAUCUUGAACUCUAUUGAUAUCAAAUGAUUACAAUCCAAAAUGUCGUUAGCGUUCCGUCGCUUUUAUGUCACCUUCCAUUUUCAAAUGUUUCUUCGUGUGGACUUGUAACAAUUUACCAUUUACACUUCUGUUAAGAAAACAAGUAAUGUAUCAUCAGUCUUGGUGGAAUCUGCAAUACAAUACAAACUGAUAUCUAUCAUAAUGACACCUAGGAAGGAUUUCAGUGCCAGUAAGUUGUACAUUGGUAUUUUUCUUAGAGUACUAAAUCGUAGAUCCGCAGACACAAAGCUAGAAAGCUGAGUGACAGUUUUUGUUGUAAUAUACAGUAAUUGGAUAUGUAAUAAAAAGGACACCAUGCUCAUCCAGAUGAAGAAAUGUGUGCUGUAGCUGUAACAUGUUUAUAUUUUUAAUUUAAUUACUCAUUGUAACUGUAGAAAAAUUACACGGUGUUGCUAAAUACGGGUAACUGCACCUUUUUUGGGGGGUGUCAGUAUCAUAAACAGGUUCAAUGUGUACAAAUCUACCGACACAAUGCGUCAUUUAAACUUGGGGGGUUUGGCUGGGGGGGACUAUUUAUGACUCAAGGAGCAUGUACUUUUGUUUAAAAUGUAGUCUAGUAUGUCUCUAUUGGUUACUCACCACAAAGGAAACCAAGGGAAUGAAUAUGUUAACUAGUAGAUGAACUUCUACAGUAUGUUCAUGUCAAUUGAGACUUUGCUAUAAUUAAUUUUAUUUAUUUGUUUUUUGAGUGAACGUGGUGUCAUAAAAGAGCUUGC